AUGGGAAAGCUCGAUGGAAAAGUUGCUCUCAUUACUGGUGGAUCUGACGGUAUUGGUUUAGCUACGGCUCAACGAUUUGUUGCUGAAGGUGCUUAUGUAUUUAUUACUGGACGUCGAAAGGAAAUGCUUGAUGCAGCAGUAAAGAAAAUCGGUGAAAAGAAUGUUACCGGUAUCCAAGCAGAUGCAUCAAAAUUAGAUCAAAUUGAUAAAAUCUAUGAAGUUAUUAAGAAAGAAAAAAAUACAUUAGAUAUUAUCUUUGCAAAUGCUGCUGUUCUUAAUCUGGCAACAUUACCAGCAGUGACAGAACAACAAUUUGAUGAUACAUUUGAUAUUAAUGUUAAAGGAGUGCUUUUUACUGUACAAAAAGCUUUACCAAUUCUUAAAGAUGGAAGUUCAAUUAUUAUUAAUAGUUCAAUUCAUAGUAUUAAAGGUUUUGAAGCUCAUAGUCUUUAUGCUGCAUCAAAAGCUGCUGUUCGUUCCUUUGCACGAUGUUGGUCUGUUGAUUUGAAAGAUCGUAAAAUUCGAGUGAAUGUACUAAGUCCUGGCCCGAUCAAGACAGCAAUGCUCAAUCAUGCUAUGGGAGCUAAGAAUACUGAAGAAUUAGAUGCAAAUUUUGAACGGUUCGUUUCAGCAGUUCCACUCGGUAGAUAUGGUCAACCCGAUGAGAUUGCUAAAGUGGCUUUGUUUCUUGCUUCGGAUGAUAGUUCAUAUAUUACUGGUAUUGAACUUUUUGUCGAUGGUGGUCUAGCACAGAUUUAA